AACUCAAUUCUUCGACUUCUGAAUCUCUCCGGUCUCCACUAAACCCCUUCUCUACUUACACCGAUUAGGGAACAGCCGACGAGAAUCGAGGGCUGUCUUCGUCGUUCCCGAAUCGCUGUAAUCUGGUUCCGAAAGGAACUGAAUGUUUAAGGUUGAAAAUGAGUCAGCUAGCGAAUGCAUUUUCUCUUCUUGAAUUGGAUGUUCCCGAUAAAGAACCAUCAACUUCUAAAGUUGCAGUUAAUCAUGGAAAAACAAGGAGGGAAGGUAAGGGAAAGGGCAAGAAUAAAAUUGACAACACUUCUGACACAAUCACUUCAGAGAAGGAGAACGGGGCGGAAAGUAGCUUAGAAGUCCCAAGUUCGCAUUACAAGAUGCCCCUUGUAUGGAUUGAUCUGGAGAUGACAGGUCUCGAUGUUGAAGUGGAUAAAAUACUGGAGAUUGCUUGUAUAGUCACGGAUGGGAAUCUGACAAAAAUGAUUGAGGGUCCACAUUUGGUUAUCUUUCAAAGUAAGGAGUGUCUGGAUGGAAUGGGAGAAUGGUGUCAGACUCAUCAUGCAGCGAGCGGAUUAACAGAGAAGGUGCUACAAAGUAAAGUUAGUGAGAAAGAAGCUGAAAUGCGGGUAAUUGAAUUUGUGAAGGAACAUGUUGGUUCAUAUACGCCGCUUCUUGCUGGAAAUUCUGUGUACACCGACUAUAUAUUUCUGAAGAAAUACAUGCCAGAGUUGGCCAGUCUUGUCUCUCAUGUUCUUGUCGAUGUUAGCAGUGUGAAGGCUCUUUGCGUUCGAUGGUAUCCUAAAGAGAAUAAAAAGGCUCCACAAAAGAAGAACAAGCAUCGAGCGCUGGAUGAUAUCAAAGAAAGCAUAGCUGAGCUGAAGUACUUCAAGGAGAACAUUUUCAAGCCACCCAAGUCCAAGAAAUGAUUACUAAGAAUCUUCCAAAGCCGAAAGAAAAGAGCGUCUCACAAUUCUAUGAAGAAUCUGCCAACAUUUUAAUCCUGAUAUGCUAAAUGAUCCAGUCUAGUGUGUGAUGAUGCAAAAUUGAUUCUACUUUGAACUUUGUAAAAACCACCUAUAGUUGGGAUUAACUUGUUUACAUGAUUACUACAGUCAAUUCAAUGUUUUUUUUAAAGGAUGAAACAAACUUUAGAUUUUCUAUAUUUCUACCAAGAUA